GGAGCCCAAGCUGAGCUGCAGGCAAGGACCUGAGCCUGAGAGAGAGAGCCAGAGGGCAGGCAGGGGAGGUUCAGGUGCACCCUGAGCUGUGGGAAAGACCCUGGUGACAGUGAGGGCAGAACAGGGUGUGGCAGGGCGAAACCUUCCCUGGGGCUGAGGGAGACACAGGAGACAGAAGGCGAGAGCAGCACCAGGCACAGGCACUCCGCUCACUCUGCCUCCCCAAGCAGACGGGCUUGGAGGAGCUGGAGCCUUCUGCCUUCACAUCUAUGGCCCGGCCCACCCAAAACGUGCCUGCGCCUGUACCCAGGGGCUCAGCAGAGGAGAUGGCCAUGGAAAACAAGGACCUGUUGUCCCAGCUCGUCACCAGCAUGCCUGGUUCAUUGUUUCUAAGAGAUGCAGAAGAAGUCACCACCAGCUAUGACUAUGAAGUUGCUGUACCCUGCAAGAAAACCAGUGUGCAGCACAUGGCAGCCCAGUUCCUGCCCCUGCUCUAUGCGCUGGUGGUCAUCUUUGGCUCCGUGGGCAACAUCCUGGUCAUCCUCAUACUGAUCACCUGCAAACGGCUGAAGAGCAUGACCGACAUCUACCUGCUCAACCUGGCUAUCUCUGACCUGCUCCUCCUCCUCACGCUCCCGUUCUGGGCUCACUAUGUUGCUACCAACAGCUGGGUCUUUGGAGAUGCGAUGUGCAAAGCCCUCACGGGGCUCUACCAGAUCGGCUAUUUUGGAGGGAUCUUCUUCAUCAUCCUCCUGACCAUCGAUAGGUACCUGGCCAUCGUCCAUGCUGUGUUUGCUCUGAAAGCCAGGACGGUCACCUUCGGGGUGAUGACCAGUGGGGUCACCUGGCUGGUGGCUGUGUUUGCUGCCCUCCCGGGAAUCAUCUUCAUCAGAUCACAAAAGGAUGUGGAGCACAGUUUUGACACCUGUGGGCCCCAUUUCCCACGCAUGUGGAAGAAUUUCCACACCAUCAUGAGGAACCUCUUGGGACUGGUGCUGCCCCUGCUGGUCAUGGUCAUCUGCUACUCCUGCAUCCUGCGGACCCUGCUGCGCUGCAGGAAUGAGAAAAGGAAGCACAAGGCAGUGAGGCUCAUCUUCGCCAUCAUGAUUGGCUACUUCCUCUUCUGGGCACCCCACAACAUCGUGCUCAUCCUGGACACCUUUCAGGUGUUCUUUGGGCUGAGCAGCUGUGAGAACACCAGCCAGCUGGAUCGGGCCCUACAAUUGACGGAGACCCUGGGGAUGACGCACUGCUGCGUGAACCCCAUCAUCUACGCCUUCGUUGGGGAGAAGUUCCGCAGGUACCUCGUGUCCUUCUUCCGAAAGCAAGUUGUGAAGCGCUUCUGCAGACAGUGCCCGGUCCUCUACCGGGAGACAGUAGACCGUGCGAGCUCCACCUAUACCCCAUCCACGGGGGAGCAGGACGUCUCAGUCGGCUUGUAACUGGAGCCACAGGUGGCCUGGCCUGUUCCAGGAAAGAUGGCCUUCUGUACGUGAGAACAAGCCUGAGUUUUUCAGUGACCAGGGACCUGGGAAUGAGGUGCCCAGGAGCCUCAGGACUGUGCCUGGAUAGACUCACCUCACUAUACAUGUAGAGAGGGAAUAUUCCAGAAUAUUCCAGAACAACUAUUGUAGAGACCUGGACUCUCCAGCAAGCUCAUCUCUGUUUCCAGAGAACAAUGCUUCCUCAGCUUGGGCUAAUGCUAUUUCCAAACUUCACCCUUUCAUUCUCUGAUUAACCAAAGGCUCCCCUGAAGGUGGGGUGUGGAGUGGGACAGGCCUGGGAUGGUCCGGGAUGAGGGUCCCAGCAUCCAGGCUGUGUGUGGGGAGGAGACAGGGACAGGUAUGGGCCUGAGUGGAGAUGGCAGUGAGCAAAGAAGUGGUCCCAGCCCUUGGCCUGUCUCCCACCUCUGCGUGCCUUGGAACACUUCACCAGUCAAGGAAACGGUGCAAAUUCAAUCAUUCUGGGGGAGCCUGGGUUGCAUCUGAGGGUCUCUUAUGUAAGAGUACAAGGCACAUUUUUGCUUUAUUAUGAUUCAUCCAUGACAACCAGGUAGCUUACCUGUGAAAGAAGCCACCCCCACCCCUCAGCCCCUGCAUGGUCACCAGAAGGAACACGCCAUCCCUGGGGGCCUGGGCCAUGUCCUCAGGAGCCUGAGGACACAGGUGACAGAGGCCACUGCUUUGAAAGUCACACAUCUCACCUGCAGUGCGCUGCACCUCCAUUGCCAGGCUGGGGGAACUAGACCAGCAUGAUUCUAAACACUCUGGGGAGGAAGGUUUCCCGGACCACCUUCCGGAGCCUGAUUUAGGCCCAGAGCUUGGGUGUUUAUAAAAAAUCAGGAGAAGUAAAAUUGAAGCUGAAAGCAGCAAAUAGCCAAUAGGACGAAGUGUUAUUUUCAGCACCACCAUCACACCAAGCCUGAAAGUGCUGUGGAGCCACGGUGACAGUUGUGGCCUUGAGCAAGGAAGCAUGGAGCCCAUCGUGGGCUCAGGAGGCUGCCGAGGGGGACAGGAACAGCUCCGGGGGUCUGUGGGCUUGGUGGCCAGGCGCCAUGCCGCAUCCACACAGGAAUAUUAUUGGGAUCACAGCACACACCUCCUGGACACCGCCUCCAUGUGGCUUUAUCCUCUCACACUCAUUCCCAAAUACCUUUUCUCUGUCAUUAGGGAGCCAUGAUUUAAUCCUAUCCCGGUGUUUCUGUGCUUUAGUGGACCUCGUCCCCGGGUGGACAGCAGGAAGUCCUGGACCAGUCAGCCCCUGGUAGUCUGUUAGAAAGAGGGUGGGAGAGCUCAAGAUGCUCUCACCUGCUACCUGGUGGGUUCUGGUCUGAUGCAGACCAGACCCUGUGGGCCUGGCGAAGGCGCUAUGGGAGCUGGAGGUUUCUGUGGUUUGACUCUUUUGCCAUUGGCUGGAGAUGGUUUCAGGAAAAAACAGGGACCAGGAAAAGUGUCACCUAGAAAGGCAUGCCAUUACGUAUUGAUGGUGAAAUGUAGAUAUUGUUUUUAAAAGUGAUGCUUUGGAAAAUAAACGCAUGCUCUAAUCACAUCAUUUUGAAGAUUAAAAGACGGUCACCUCCUCUA